AACCCUGGAGGCAGCAACUGAAGAGAAAUAUUAGCGGAGCAUCCGAGGGGAGGGGAUAAUAAACAACCAAUCGAGGAGCUCCGCCUAUCUCUUCCUCCUCUUCCUCCUCCCCUACCCCAACACAUCGAAACACCUGAACGGCGGGAUGGAAGGGAUGGGGCAGAAGAGGCGCCCGCUGGUGGUGAUGGCCUCCUCGUCCACUACGGCAGCGCAGUCCGCGUCGCGGGGCGGGGCCAACCCGCUGGCCGAGCUGACCGACCGCUUCAGGUCGCUGGAGGUCGGGGUGCGCGAGUGGAUGGCGAAGCAGCCCACCCACAUCGAGGCCGCCGUCACCACGGCGUUCGGGGCUGUGCAGGGCGGCGCGCUCGGCGGGCUCAUGGGCACGUUCGCGCCCGAAGGAGGGGCGGGGCUCCCCGUGCCGCAGCCGCCUCCCGGUCUCGACCCCAAGGCCAUGGCCACCUUCAAGCAAGCGCAGGCUUUGGCAGGCGGGCCACUGGUGCAAGCUCGAAAUUUUGCAGUCAUGACUGGUGCAAAUGCAGGCAUAUCUUGUGUUAUGAGAAGGGUACGAGGAGUGGAGGAUCUCCAGGGCAGCAUGACAGCAGCUUUUGGUUCUGGUGCUCUAUUCUCCAUUGUGAGUGGAAUGGGAACCCCGAAUCCAGUUGUUAAUGCAAUUACAACUGGUAUGGCUUUUGCAGUAUUUCAAGGUGGCUUUUUCAUUGUUGGGCAGAAAUUCUCGAAGACAAAGACGCAUAAUGAAGAUAUGAACUAUUCUCGUGGAAGAACUAUGUUGAACCAAUUGGGCCUCCAAAACUAUGAGAAGAAUUUCAAGAAGGGUCUUCUAACUGAUGAAACACUGCCUCUUCUCAAUGAAAGCGCACUCAGAGAUGUGAAUAUCCCCCCUGGUCCAAGACUUGUCAUACUUGAUCACAUUAAAAGAGAACCUGGGUUGGCGAAAUCAAACUGAAGUGAUUGCAUUGGCACCAGUUUUUCCCAAGUUGCAUAAACUAUGGUCUGGGAAGUCCGUCCAGUCCAGUCCAGCUCUUUCAACGAUGAUGAGCUCUUUAGGCAGCAGUAUGAUUGUAAAAGAUAACUUAGUAAAUGUUUUGUAGUAAUUAGGCUGAUUAAAUUACAUGGAUUAUCUGUAUUGAAGUUUCAGUCGAGCUACUUUCUGCUGUUGUCAUGGUAGAAAUUUUAUUUCCAGAACACGUGAGCUUGUUCAGAGUUAUUUUUUGAAAAUUAUUCAGAGUUAUUUGUGUAAA